AUACACAAGUGACGUUGCGGUGGAGGGAAAAAGGUAAAGAGGCUCCCUCUAUCUCUGAAAAGCAUAUACAAGCUAGAAGUUGGUCUGCUGAAUCCUGCUUACUGGGUUCCGUUAUGGCGGGGAAAGGAGAGAAAGGGUUUAACAUGAAAUCUUCGCUUAAGUCGUCAUCCGGUAAAAAGGAAGCAGCGGCGAAGGGGAAAGAUGGAACUUCGUCAAAGAAGGGAAGGACAAUUCGGUUUGAUACAUCUGAUCCUGAAGAAGCAGAGAUUGAUACUCCAUUAAAAUCAGGUGGAAAAGUCAUGCCUGCAAGUGUUGCUUCAAAAGAGUCAUCCAACGCAAAAAUCAGCAACUCAUCAAAGUCGGGUGGAAAAUUCUCGUUUGGUUCUCCAGUUUCAAAAGGAGAUUGGGGCAAAGGAGGAAAGGGAGAUAAGACAGUGAAAGCUAGCGGAAAGAGUACAGUAUCAAAAGGACCUACCAUUCCUGAACUGAAAAUCGAAGAUGAACUUCCGAAGAACACUGAAUGCCUGUUAGAUUGUGAGGCAGCAAUUAUUUUACAAGGAAUCCAGGAACAGUUGGUCAUACUAUCUGAAGAUCCAACAUUUAAGAUGCCUACAUCAUUUGACAAUGGUCUGCAAUAUGCCAAAACCAGUAACCAGUAUACAAGUCAUACAUCUGUGCAACAAGUGCUUGAGCCACUCAAAAGACAUGGUGUCUCUGAUGGCGAGAUGUGCAUGAUUGGCAAUAUUUUUCCAGAAACAGUUGAUGAAGUGUUUGCUCUUAUUCCAUCCUUGAAGGGCAAAAGACAAAAUAUAGAGGAACCUAUGAAGGAUGUUGUGUACAAAUUAGCUAACCUUAGACACUCAAAGUAAAUCCGUUACUUGUACUGGUCCAGAUGAACCUACAAUUUGCUCCUUCAAUCAAUGGCACUGCAUCCAUCAGAACAUCCCUGGGACGGGCAUGUAACCGGGCAUCAAUAUACUUCCAUGAAGGAUAAGAAGUUGAACUUGUGAAAGUACAUUUUUGGUUUACACAUACACAUGCAACAAAACACACAUAAGUUUUCUAGGCAAGUUGUUUAGAGAUCCCUAAAAGACCAAGGAAACUUUCAUGUGUCGAAUUAAUUUGGGGCUGAAGGGGUUUCCCUGAAUUCUUUUCCUCACCCAAAUAAAUUUUGGAAGCCACCUUGCAUGUGCUAAAGAAAACCCUUCUUGUUGAUGCAUGGCUUUUUAGAUUAUCAAAUUAUAAAUUCUGACAACUACUUUUAAUUGGGUUGAACUCCGAUAGAAAGAUGGGGCAGGGCUAAUGUGGACCGCAAGCAUGCGCAUAUGGCUGAUCCAGAGGCUUCCCAUCUGGUGAAUGGGAUGAGCCUGGAUCUCCUGCAAGCAAAAACUCUGUUCACAUAGCAUACCGACCACACAUUAGGAAUAGCUCCUGUACAUGAUGUUAAAUUCAUGGGGGAGAUGUUCCCAAUGUGCAGCUGGAUUCCCAUGCUUUCAGUGUGUGCAGAGAUUUUGCUUUAAGGGAAUCCUGUUGUGAAUGGGAUAGGGCUAUUGUGGACCACAAGGGUUGGGCACCCUCAGACAGUGGGCAUAUCAUCGCUAUGUAAGCAGUUUUUGGUUCUGAAAUUUGCUCCAUGGCAAAAAGCUGGUCUAUAGAAAGGAACAAAUAGGUCAUGUUUUUACCCAACCAUUUAGUCACAUGGAAGACUCCUUGUUUGUUUUUGAAAGCUCAUAAAAUGACCAUAUUAUUAAACCUGCUUUCUUCUUAAUGGCUGAUUAAUGCAAUUGGUCACAUGUCAUCCAGAGGGGUUGAUCUUUCAGCCUAGCCAGCCUAUGAUUUGAUUUGUUCAGAUUGGUGAUCAAGCCACUUUUUGCAGUAUAUAUCUUUACUAAUUGUUAUAUAAUGCCGCCUUGGCCUCAGAAGUCCAGACUCCAGACCACUUGAUUUUUUUUUUUUUUUUUCUUUUCAUUGCUGUAGGUCCACAACUUCAUUUCUUCUUUUCAUUUCUGUAGUAACAAGCAUAAUCUUGUUGCUCUAAUUUAUUCCUGUUUA